AUGACAAUUUCCUACUCUCUUGAAGUAGCCAAUGCAAGGUUUUGUGGCUUCUCCAAGCUCCUGUUUUUGUGGAAGGGAAGCAUCUACAAGCUGUUGUAUAAAGAGUUCCUGCUUUUUUGUGGAGUUUACUUUUUUUUCAGUGUUUUUUACAGGUUUCUCCUCACAUCAAGGCAGCAGGACCUGUUUGAGCGCAUUGCCCUGUACUGCGAUCAGUUCACCAAUGCCAACUUCAUCCCUGUAUUAUUUGUUCUUGGUUUCUAUGUGACCCUGGCCUUUAACCGGUGGUGGGGUCAGUACACCAGCUUCCCACUGCCUGACAACUUGAUGAUGGUGGUGUCUGGGAACGUCCAUGGAGCAGACGAGAGGGGUCGUCUGCUGCGACGAACCCUCAUGAGAUACGCCAACUUAUCUUCAGUCCUUAUUCUGCGCUCCAUCAGCACAAGAGUUCUCAAGCGUUUCCCAACUUUGGAGCACAUUGUGGAGGCUGGAUUUAUGACAACACAAGAACUGAAAAAGUUUGAGUCCCUGCACUCUGAUUUCAACAAGUACUGGAUGCCUCUGACUUGGUUCUCAAACCUGGCGUCCAGAGCCAGAGAGGAGGGCCGAGUGAGGGACGACAUUGCCCUGAGGCUGCUGAUGGACGAGCUCAAUAACUACAGAGCCAAAUGCAGCCUGCUGUUCCACUAUGACUGGAUCAGCAUCCCUCUGGUCUACACUCAGGUGGUAACUAUCGCAGUUUACUCGUAUUUUGCCUUUUGUGUUAUUGGCCGACAAUUUCUGAACCCAGAAAAAGGGUACAAUGGCCACAAACUGGACAUGUACAUACCUGUUUUCACCCUGCUGCAGUUCUUCUUCUACGCUGGCUGGCUCAAGGUGGGAGAGCUGAUCAUCAACCCAUUUGGCGAAGAUGAUGAUGACUUUGAAACCAACCAGCUGAUUGACAGAAACAUUCAGGUAUCAAUGCUGGCUGUGGACGACAUGUAUCAAAACCUGGCUCCAAUUGAGAAGGACAAGUACUGGACGCAAAGCCGCUUCUCCAUACCUUACACACUGUCAACAGCAGCAGAGACCCUCAGACCCGCUUUCAAAGGUUCCACCUUCGACAUGAGAAUGAGUGCUGAAGAUCUUGAGAUCCACCAGCCAACAGAUGCACCUGUAAACAGACAGUAUUUACCCCUUCAGGGCUCCCUGAUUAAUGGGUUGGAUGGUCUCCUGCAAAAGGGUAAAGGCAUCCUGCGCAGUGGAAGCCUCCCUUAUCUGAUGGACAUCUUGUCCCACCCAAAUGAGGAAGAUGAAGCUGAUGGAGGUGACACAGAUGUCACUGGUCACAAAAAGCAAGAGAGUAUUGCUAUUGCAGUGGAACACUGAGAAAUGUUCAUACUUACUGGGAUAUUUUGAAAGUAUUCACAUAUAAGAUCAGACAAAUAUUUAAAAUAAAAGUUUUCACAAGACACAGGAAAUUAAU